CAAUCUUACCAUGGGAUCACCAAUCGUUUCCGUUCUCCUCAUCGGAAUCUGCUGCCUGACCCUGGUCAAUAAAUCAAACGCCGAGUGCUGUGCCACCAAGGAGGAAGUGAUCUACAAGAUGGACAGGGGAUACUGCAGGGAUGUCGGAGGACGUGGAGACGAUCCGCACCACUGCCAAAUCAUCAUCUGCGCGGAUGGGGUGGCUUUGGAGGGAUCAUAUUGUGGCAGAGGUCCUUGCAACGUUAUCGGCUGCAACUGCGACGGCGGAUGUCUGACUGGCGAUUGGAGCAAAAGUUUCGUGGGAAUGAACCGGUACUACGGAAUCGAAGUUCUUCGAGCUACUAAAUUCCCAUAAAUAACAAAACCAAUGUCGAUGUUUAAUAAAGAAAAACAGGCAUGGGAAUGAAUUUAAAUAAAUUAAAAUUCUUUUUGUUUGAUCAGAAACAUAC